AGAAAAACCCAUAAAACGUCAUUUCCCGGUGGCCGGCAUGCUGGUGACGUUCGUCGUGGACACGAGCGCGUCCAUGGCGCAGAAGAGCGCGUGCGGCAUGUCGCUCCUCGACUUUGCCAAGUCUCUGGUCGAGACGAUGGCCAAGAAGCUGCUGGCGCGCAGCCUCAACCGCGUCAACUACAUGCACUUCAUGCUCGUGACCUUCAGCGGCGUCGUCGUCGGCAUGGAGCACUCGACGAACCGCGACCUCUUCUACCGCGAGCUCAAGUACCUCGAGGCGCGCGACUUGAGCGACGUCGGCGGCGCGCUCUCGACGGCCUUCGACCUGAUCAACCGCGAGCGUGCCAAGAUCUUUUGCGACAACUACGGCCUCGGGCGCCUGCCCUUCAACGCGCAUAUGUCGCACGUCGUGCUCAUCACGGACGCCGGCGCGCUCACGACGCUCGACGGCGUCCAGCCCGACCUCGUCGUACCGCCCACGAGCCUCUCGGCGCUCGACCUGACGCGCCAGCCCUUUCGCUGGGACCAGCGCCUCUUUACGUUUGCCGUCCAGCUCUCGGCCGAGUCGCUCACGAGCAAGGCGCCGGCGAUCAACCCGCCGUUCUACUCGUCGCUCUGCGAAGAGACGGGCGGGACGCUGCACCUCUUCACGAACGGCCGCGUGACCAAGCCGAUGCUCGAGAAAGAGGUCGAGUCGAUCAUUGCGCGCAUGAAGCCCGGCGUGCUCGUCAAGUUUGCGUGCGACGGCUCGGACGGCGAGACGUACGCGCCGACGAAGAACGCGCUCACGCCCAGCGCGACGCUCGGCCGCGACUACACGUGGCCGAUCCCCGAAGCCUUCUGGGUCGACCGCAACACGACGAGCCUCGGGCUGCGCGAUGCGCACCCAACGCUGAUCUACCGGCGCUCGGUCGAGUCGCCCACGGACGCUGCGACCAACCAGCUCUCGUCGCUCAACCCGUCGCCGCCCCGCGGCGCGCGCUGGCUCGUGUACAUGGCCAACUCGAAGGGCGACGGCCGCCUCGGCGAGCCGUUUGGGUUUCUGCGCACGACGGCGGCGGCCACGCACCUCGUCUUGCUGCCGUACAACUACCCCGUGCUCUUCUCGCUGCUCGUGGACGCGGCGCGGCAGCACCAGCCGACGACGCCGGCGAAUCCGUGGCUCUUCCAGGCCAAAACCAUGUCGCCGGGCUGGAAAGACGCGUUCUCGACGUAUGUGCUGAGCUGCCCGAGCUACUAUAGCCUUCCGCUGCGCAAGAUCCUCAAGCGCUACAACCUCCAUGAGCUCGUGCCCGACUUGGCCGAGAACGGGCGCUGCUACCAGGUGACCAACCACCUCACGCGCAUGAAAGACGUGGCCAUGGUCGAGAGCAGCGAGAAGCCGUCAACGCGCCCGGCGAGCAGCAGCAAUCAUGUCUCGCCCCACUCGACGCCGUCGCAGUCGCCGUUCCGAGCGACAAAGGAAGUCGUGACGGGCCAGGCGCCGAGUCUCCUCUGCCGCACACAGCUGCUGCAGGCGCAUGCGGCGCAGCGCCGGACAGUCGUCGCCCCGUCGCGCGACCUGGCGCGGGCAACCGAGUGGACCGGGACGCUCGCGCGACUGGCGCCGAGCGCGUCGACCUUGGCCAACAGCGACCGCGCCAAGUUCUUCUUGACGGUCGAGGUCAUGUCCGACUACAUUCCGACGGUCCUCAAGAACGAGCUGCUCCGGAACCCGUUCUCGGAGCCCGAGAAGGACGAGCACACGGUCGAGGGGUCGAAGCGCCGGAAGCUCGAAUUCUCGCUCGGCUCGCCGUACAAGAAAUCGGCGGCCAAGAAAGGCGACGACCUCAUUCUGCAAGGCGAGGCCGCCGACGAAGCCGCGGCGCUCGGGUCACCGUCCUCGAGUCCGUCCUCGCGCCGGCAGCGGUCGCGCCAAAAGUACAAGAAACAGUGGAAAACAACGUCGUCGUCUGGGAAGAGCAGCCCGACGCACCCGUCGCCGACGUCGCCCGAGACAGCGCUGCUCCGCGUGCCCCUCUCCGUGACGGACGAGGACGCGCACAAGGUCAUGGCCGCGACCGCAACGCGCCUCGGCGUGACCUCCACAGACGACGACAGCGACAAGCUCCUGAGUCGGCGCGUGUACCACAUCAUCAUUGAAAACAGCAGCGUGUGGAAGGACGUGGCUGCCCGCGUUCGCAGCCGGUCGUUCCAGCCCAAGGACACGGCCACGGUCCUCAAGGCCCUCGGCGAGAUCAAGGGCGACAAGGCCGUCCGGCUCGGCUACCUGCACCUCGCGGCAGCGCUCGCCAAAGCCUUCAAGCGGUCGCUCCUCGUCAAAAUGCUCGCCAAGACAGAGGCCUCGCUGCGCCAGGAAGCGUAA